GGAUCGCGGCCUCCUUCGCUCCUUGCUGUAUGUGCCUCCGCUCUCCGUGUCCCGAGCAGACCAUGGCCCUGCGUGCCCCGCUGCUCCUGCUGGCCGCCCUGGCUCUGGCGCUGGCCGUGAGCCCCGCGGCCGGCUCGAAGUUAGGCGGCUCUCAGUUGGUGGGCGGCCUGAUGGACGCGGACGUCAGCGAGGCAGGCGUGCAGCAGGCGCUGAACUACGCGCUCAGCGAGUACAACCAGGCGAGCAACGACGCGUACCACAGCCGCGUCCUGCGGGUGUUGCGCGCCCGCAAGCAGGUCGUGGCCGGGAUGAACUACUUCUUGGAUGUGGAGAUUGGCAGAACCACAUGCACCAAGUCCCAGCCCAACUUGACCAGCUGUCCCUUCCAUGAGCCACCACACCUGAGUAAAAUGCUCUGCACUUUCGAGAUAUACACUGUCCCCUGGAAGAACACAAAUUCCCUGACGAAGUCCAACUGCCAUAGUGCAUAGAGGACCUUGUGACAGACUGGGCAGCCUGACCACCUCCCACCCGCAGCCCACCUCGCACUCCUACCCCUUGUGAGCUCCUAAAGCCUUAGGUGGGCACCCACCCUGGCAGGAGCUCCCUCAGUGUGCCAGCCCCAGGAGACAGACAGAGAAGGCUUCUCCAAAAUUCUUGGAGUAGUGGUACGACCCUCAUUUCUUUCCUUUAAUUGCUUUCCGAGUGGACAGACACAGUGCAUGUGCUUUCCCAUGUCACCCAAUAAAGCAGGAAUGUCAGCUGC